AACGAAAAACCAUUGAAGGAGUAUGGAUUUAUUACAAAUUGAAGAAAUUAUCCAGAAAGCAGAGAAAUUAAACAAAGAAGUUUUAAAUCUAAGUCAUCGGAGUAUAAAAGUUGUUUCUAGUAAUAUACAGAAGCUUUCCAGUCUUCGUAAACUGAUGCUUAACGACAAUGAAAUCCUGAUGCCUCCGUCUGAGGUCACAAAAUUAAUUCUUCUGGAGGAGCUAGUAUUGAAUAAUAAUAGAUUGACAAUGUUACCAAUGGGAAUAAAAUCUCUGACAAACCUCCAAUACCUAAACUUAUCCAACAACCCACUUGGAGUUCUGGGUGAUGAAAUAGGAGAGCUGUGUUCAUUAACUCAAUUAUGGCUUGUAGGAUGUCAGCUUACAAAUCUAUCAGAAAGUGUGUGUAGAUUAAAACAACUCAGAAAAUUAAGUUUAAGAGAAAAUUUCAUUUCAGAAAUUCCUAAAGGAUUCGAUGGCCUUUCUAAUUUGAUGUGGUUAAGUUUAGCUGAAAAUAAAUUUGAUCAAUUACCUAAAAAACUUGAAACAAUGCCCAGUUUAGCAUAUCUUAAUCUAGAUCACAACCAGUUCCAAGAAGUUCCAGUGUUUGUGUUAGGACUUAGUGCUCUCACUAACCUGUCUAUGAAGGGCAAUCUUAUCAUGAAUGUGGAUGAUGACACCAUCUUGGCCUUGUCAAAACUGACCAAAUUUGAUCUAAGAGAUACCUGUAUUGUGGAAAAGCCUGCACAUUGGAAGGGCUUGGAAUAUAUUAAGGUAGGAAACAGUGAAAAUGAGAGAGAAGAACUUGAAAAUCAGUUUGAAAAACUGAAAGAAAUUGAGGAAGAAUCAACACUAGAGGAUGAUGAGGAUGAAGAGGAAGAUGAAAAUGAUGAGGAUGAAGAAGAUGAUGAGGAUGAAGAAGAAGAAGAAGAACAGGAUGAAAAUGAAAUGGGAAAUGUAAAGGUGGAAGAAAAAACAGACAGUGCUUCUAAAGACAAUAAUAAUGAUGAUAAAGUGGAAGGAUGUGAAGAUGAAAAGGGAGAGAAUGAAGAAAAAAAAGAUAAUGUAUCAGUCGGUGAGAAAUCUGAUUUAAAACUUAGGAAUGGAGUCUGUUGAAAUUUGU